CAAAUUAAAUUGGUGUGGCCUUAUAAUCACAUUUAAACAAGUAUCACAUAUCCUGCCAGCUUGCUUGAAAUGUGGACAUUUGUAUGUAUGUCUUUCUAAAGUAAAUGCCCACAUCCUGGAGUCAGGAAUUAUGAAAUUUACACUAUGAUGACAUUCCCUUUCAUGACUAUUUAUAUACAACUUUGGUCUGAGAACUUCACCAUCUGAUGUACAAGUACAGUAGUUGUUAUUCAGUAAUAGACGACAGCCCUACAAGAUGUGGUUCCUCCAUGUGCUCGUGGUGACCGCAGUUCUUCAGUGGUCAGUAGUGACCGGGGAAGGCCAGGCUGACCAGUUGACCCUGUCACUGUGCAGGGUUUGGGAGGAGUGUUUGGAGAAAGCUACUGAGAACAACUUGGAGAACUCUGAGCUGGGAACUCCCGAGGCGAUCUGUGGUGACUUUCUGGACAUGUUAGAGAAGCAUGGCGUGGAUUGUGGAACCUUGGACAACCCUGAAGAGACAGCUGAUGUUGGACAGGAGCUUUCCUCACUAGAACCCCUUCCUAAUGAUCAGGAACAGCAACAAGAGUCUGUACCGAUUCCUGGUGAUGAAGAAGAGACAAACAGAGAAGAACAUGGACACAAGCAACUCCUGCCACAAAACCAUCCAGCCAGCACUGACGACCUUUGGCGGACAACCUAUUUUGAUGACUGUUCUGAGAUUUAUACUGCUCAGGACAUGUUUGGUUCGCCAUCUAGUGGGGUAUUUCCUAUCAAACCUUUACAUGUUAACAACCCAGUUUCUGUAUACUGUGAUCAGACCACAGCUGGGGGAGGGUGGACGGUCAUACAGAGGAGGUUUGACGGGUCCCUCGAGUUUUUCCGUCGUUUUAAUGCUUAUCGAGAUGGGUUUGGAGACUCUAGUGGUGAGCAUUGGUUAGGGUUAGACAACAUCUACCGUAUCACGGCCCAGAACGCGUACGAGUUGUACGUAGAGCUGGAAGACUGGUCUGAGAAUGUGAAGUUUGCUCGAUACUCCAGGUUUUCAGUUGGUCCGGGUAGUGAUUACAUCCUGAGUGUGGGAGGGUACAGUGGGACGGCUGGGGAUGGGUUCUAUCUGUCAUUGACAGGUUCAUCAAGUAACAACAAUGGUAGGAAGUUCAGCACCCGUCUUAAUGACCGUGACACGUACUCAGGUUCAAUGGCAGAAUACUACGGUGGUGGCUGGUGGUACGGUUACAGCAGCCGCAGUAGCCUGAACGGUCCGUACUUCCGAGACACUGACGUGUUCAAUAUCAACAAUGGUUUUGGUGUCCAAUGGUAUCCUUUCAACAGUAUCCUAUACUAUUCUCUAAAGAAGACCAAAAUGAUGGUCCGUCCCACUGACUUCAGUGCAAGGGUUGCAAACCUGGGGCUAGGGAAGAAGUAAAAUCACAAACAUAACCUUCUAGGGAGAAGGUAUCAGUGGUUUGAGUUAUACAUGACUGUGUGCAAAAUGGAUUCACUUCAAUAGAACCCACUCUCACAAAACAUACAUUAAAGUUGCAAAA